AUGCCAAACACCACUCAAAAAUUCCCAAUCAACAACAACAACAUCGUCAACAUCGAUUCCCUCCAUGUUUCCCUGCGCAACCUCUCCCAACUCAGCACCCGAAUGGAUUCGCUUCAAAGCUUUGUCUCCCAAUCCAUUCAAUCCCACACUCUCCUCACACACCAACAAAUGAACAUCGUGUCCAACGAGAUCCUAGCCGCCAUUCGCCACGUUAUCACCAACGGCGCCGCCUUAGUCGCAGCCUCAGAAAACGUGCUUCCCCUUUCGGAGACUCCCACGUUGGGCUCUCCGAUCUUAAACAACAACGAAACAAACUUGGUGGAGGUCGACGCGAUGGAACUCCUGGCGCAGAACCUCCACUUCUGCGAGGUGUGCGGGAAAGGCUUCACGCGCGACGCGAACCUUAGGAUGCACAUGCGCGCUCACGGGGACGAGUUCAAGACUCCGGACGCGCUCGCGAGCAGGGCGCGUGGAGAGCUGCGCGUGAAGGCGACACGGUUUUCGUGCCCCUUCGAGGGAUGCAACCGCAACAAGACCCACAAGAAGUUCAGGCCGUUGAAGUCGGUGUUCUGUCUGAGGAACCAUUUCAAGAGGAGACACUGUCCCAAGACGCUGUCGUGCGAGCGGUGUCGGAAGAAGAGUUUCGCGGUGCUCUCGGACUUGAGGAGUCACGUGAAGCAGUGUCGAGGAGAAGCCACGUGGAAGUGCUCUUGCGGAACCACGUUUUCGCGGAAGGACAAGCUGUUUGGACACGUGGCGCUGUUCGAGGGGCAUUUGCCGAUCCUUGAAGAGGAGACGGAGACGCCAGUGGCAGCGGCGGAGGAGGAGGGGCUGGUGAAGGAAAGUGACGGUGGUUUGGAUGGGUUACCUGAAGGGUUCUUUGAUGGGUUGGAUGAAUUUGGGUUUGGUUCCACCGGCUGA